CCUAAAAUCUCUCCAAUGCAGUGACUUCCAUUACCCCUCCAUCUCUCUCUCCUCAUUACCGCGCUCAUGCAUGCUUCUCUCUCCUCUCAUCGACAUCCAACCUCCAAAAAAAAAGUAAAAAAAAUCCAAAGUUCCUCCCUGCCCUCUUUCCUAGGGCGCCCUCGCCGGCUCCCUCCCUAAACCAAUGGGCAACUGCUGCUCCCAGCCUGACGACACCCUGCCCGCCACCGACACCCUUCCUGCGGACGACACAGUCCCCACCAACGAUGACGCAACCGAUACCACCGCUCCUGAAGCCCCCCAAAUGACCACCCCUCCCACAUCCGAAUCCCCAAAAGCCGGUUCACCAAAGGCCGGUUCACCCCCAAAGGCUGGUUCACCAAAGGCUGGGCCGAUGAUGGGGACGGUCCUGGGGCGGGCGAUGGAGGACGUCAACAAGCACUACACGAUUGGGGAAGAGGUGGGGCGGGGGGAGUUUGGGGUGACCCAUCUUUGCACGGACAAGAAGACGGGGGAGCAGUUCGCGUGCAAGAUCAUAGCGAAGCACAAGCUGGAGAGCAAGGAGGACGUGGAGGAUGUACGGAGGGAGGUGCAGAUCAUGUACCAUCUCACGGGGCAGGAGAACAUUGUGGACUUGAAGGGGGCCUACGAGGACGCGCACUCGGUCCAUCUCGUGAUGGAGCUUUGUGGCGGCGGGGAGCUCUUUGAUCGGAUCAUUGCCAAAGGCCAUUACACUGAGAAGGAGGCCGCAACGCUCAUGAGAACCAUUGUCCAGAUCGUGCACACUUGCCAUAUGAUGGGAGUCAUUCAUAGGGAUCUCAAGCCGGAGAACUUCUUGAUGUUGAAUAAGGACGAAGAUUCGCCACUCAAGGCUACGGAUUUCGGCCUCUCCGUGUUUUAUAAACCGGGAGAGGAAUUCAAAGAUGUAGUCGGAAGCGCGUAUUACAUAGCUCCUGAGGUAUUGAAAAGAAGCUACGGAGCAGAAGCUGAUGUUUGGAGUAUUGGUGUCAUGCUUUACAUUCUUCUUUCUGGGGUUCCUCCUUUUUGGGCAGAAUCGGAGGCGGAGAUAUUCAACGCGAUUCUAGAGGGACACGUAGAUUUCUCAGCGGACCCAUGGCCGACCAUUUCGAAUGGGGCAAAGGACCUAGUGAGUAAGAUGUUGGCUUCAGACCCCACCCAAAGGCUCACAGCAGCCCAAGUGCUCAAUCAUCCUUGGAUUAAGGAGGAAGGAGAAGCACCAGAUACUCCACUAGACAACGGGGUCCUCAGCAGGUUGAAACAAUUCAGAGCUAUGAAUAAGUUCAAGAAGGUAGCGUUGCGAGUGGUCGCGGGGUGCUUGUCGGAAGAAGAAAUCAUGGGGCUGAAACAAAUGUUCAAGGGGAUGGAUACGGAUAACAGCGGAACGAUAACCCUAGAAGAGCUGAAGCAAGGAUUGUCGAAUUCCGGAACAAAGCUCACCGAAAGUGAAGUCCAACAACUGUUGGAAGCUGCCGAUGCCGAUGGAAAUGGCACCAUAGACUAUGAAGAAUUCAUUACAGCAACAAUGCACAUGAAUAGAGUGGAUAGAGAAGAACAUCUUUACACCGCCUUUCAGUUCUUCGACAAAGACAACAGCGGCUACAUUACCGUUGAAGAACUAGAGCACGCUCUCAAAGAAUAUGGCAUGGCUGCUAACAAGGACAUCAAUGAAAUCGUCUCCGAAGUUGAUGCUGAUAAUGAUGGUCGGGUGAACUACGAAGAAUUUGUAGCUAUGAUGAAGAAAGGUAAUCCAGAUAAGGCUAUAAAGAAAAGAAGAAGUGGUGUUUUUACUGAGGGCCCCCAAGAGUAAUUUAUGAGUAUUUUUUUGUGUAUUUUCUAAACUGAAUAUGCAAAUAUAUUGUCGUUGAUGGAGGGAAGUGAUACUAAUAUGAUAGGCUUUAUGUACAAAUAUAUUUAGAUUUGUAUUGUAGCAUUUUUCUAAACAUAACAUGUAUAAUGAUGUCUA